ACUCGUGAGUGAUCCUUGCGCCUACAACCACACCGGCCGGCUUGCAUCGCUCCUUGGCUGUUGUGCCAGGUUGAAAAGGCGUGUUUUGCUUUCAUAUCCAGGCUCCAACUACUAUUGUUUGCUCCGAUUACUCAGCUACUAUAAAAGCUAUUGGACUCGGCUUCUGACCGUCAAAAACUUCAUUGCAUGACCUUAUAACCUGUUUCUGUCUUCUCAUCUGCCACGACCUUUAAUGAACUCUUUGCUUUCGCUUGCUCUCACAACACUUAUUGCUUUGUCCGUCCUGUCUUCUGCAUCAGCGCUGAUGCCCUCUACUCGCCAUGCCCACAUAGGCGUAGCAUUGUCGAUACUUUCGUUUGCGCUGCCGUCUCGUUCAAGUCUACUGGACAAGCGCCUGAACAACCUCGAAACCGGGGUCAACGGUACAACCUUUGUGUGGACUAUCCAGGAUACGUACGCUGGUCCAACCUUCUUUGACCGAUUUGACUUCUACACUGGACCGGACCCUACCAAUGGCCUAGUUAACUAUACCGAUCAUGAUUUUGCGGUCGCCCAAGGUCUUGCAUAUGUCACUCCUGACGACAACAAGGUCGUAAUGAAAGGGGAUAACACAACAUGGCUACCCGACGGCGUGAAUCGCAACAGUGUCCGUCUUUCUAGUAAAACUCAAUACAACACAGGCCUAUUUAUCCUUGACCUUGAUCAGGCGCCUUGGGGAUGUGCUGUUUGGCCCGCGUGGUGGACGUUAGGCAACGGACAGUGGCCAUGGCACGGGGAAAUUGAUAUCAUUGAAGGCGUCCAUGACAAUGAACACAACCAGGUUACUUGGCAUACCGGACCAAAUUGUACGCUAACGCCGACAUCGCAGUUCACGGGCACUAUUGCUUCAAGAACAGACGGGUCGCCAAACCUGAUUUGCGAUGGAACCAAACCCCCAAGCGCUGGCUGUGGGAUCACAGAAUGGAGUCGAGCUUCUUAUGGGCCUACAUUCGAUGCACAAGGUGGCGGUGUCUUUGCAAUGAAGUGGGAUGACGAGGGGAUCGCAGUUUGGAAUUUCUAUCGUGCAGCAGUUCCAAAGGACAUCCAGAGUGGGCAACCAAGCCCAUCCUCCUGGGGUCAGCCUGUCGCUGUUCUGCUUCCAGAUAACUGUAACAUCGCUGAGAACUUCAUCGAUCAUUCUAUCAUCUUCGACAUCACAUUCUGUGGUGAUUGGGCAGGCAAUUCCUACGCGUCUUCAGGCUGCCCAGGAACAUGUCCAGAUCGGCUGAAAGAUCCCUCUAACUUCGAUACUGCUUCCUGGUCCAUCAACUCGAUGAAGGUCUACAGGAAGCAGAUCCUUAAUGGGCGUGUUACUAGCGGGGCAUCAACUCAUACACGACCAAUUUAUGAAAUGAAACUGACAUCAUUGGCGUGGUUGACGACUAUCUUUGCUUUGUGCUUCUCACUCCUCUUCUGAAAGAUUUACUACACCGGGUGUAGAUAAUAUCAUUGUACUUUUGCUUUUGCGGAUGGACUUUAGUAUAUUGAAUUAUAGAUUAUAGAGCUCCCCAUCUUUCAGGUAUACCUUGCAUACGUUGUAUUUGAGGAUUCGAUCCCAAACGUGAUACAUGACUAUCUACAACCC